AUGUAUAAAACAUAUUCGUUCAUAAUUUGUGUAACGUUUUUGUUAACUCAGACCCUUGCUUCACCUGCUAAAUCAUCAGAUAUUGAAGAAAUGCGAUCCCUAUGCAACGACCAUAAUGAUGCAUUUUCCUGUAUUAAAUUCAAAGCUUUAAACUUUUUAAACAACAUUUAUAAUCAAGAUUCAUUCAAAUUAUCCGAUGAUGUUGAGUUAAGGAAAAACGAUUACUCAGGCUUCCAAUUCAGUGGACGUUCAGAUACAGAUACACUGGAUAAAAUUCAAGAAUUUGUUCAAAGCCAUGAUGUCACAGUUAAUGUCCCAUCAAUGGGAGCCAAAGUGACGGUUUCACCAAGAAAUUUGAAUUCAGAUGAAUUUUCAAUCAAUGUAAAGUUAGCUGAAAAAAAUAGUAACAUUGGAGACGCUCGAAAAUCUAAGUUGAAAAAAAUUGCGAUUCCUUUGAUGGUUUUUGUUUUGUUAAAAGCAAUGACUUUGAUACCACUAGCUCUAGGCGUUCUUGGUUUGAAAGCAUGGAAUGCAUUGCAAUUAUCUUUCUUUUCAUUUGUUAUCUCAGUUGCUUUAGCAAUUUUUCAAUUAUGUAAAAAAAUUGCAACUGAUAACCACCAUCCUCACAUUACUCAUGCGCCAUGGGAGGCAGCAAGGAGCAGUCAGGAAAACAAACCUAAAACUGACUCUCAAGAAAUGGCAUAUAACGCAUAUUUAUAA